AUGAGUUGCUUUACCUUCCUGAAGGUCACCAUGGUUAUCUUUAACCUCCUCAUCUUUAUCUGUGGUGCAGUUCUGCUGGGAGUGGGAAUAUGGGUGUCUGUGGAUGGUGCUUCCUUCCUGAAGAUCUUCGGGACGGUGUCGGCCAGUGCCAUGCAAUUUGUGAAUGUGGGCUACUUCCUGAUCGCUGCGGGCUGUGUCCUGGUGGUGCUUGGCUUCCUAGGGUGCUAUGGGGCCCACAAGGAGAGCAAAUGUAUACUGUUAACGUUUUUCUCCAUCCUGCUCAUAAUAUUCAUUGCUGAGAUCGCUGCUGCUGUGGUUGCCCUGGUCUACACCUCCCUGGCCGAGACCCUGCUCAGCUCCUUGGUUGUAUCUGUGAUCAGGGAGGACUACGGCAAACAAUCGGACAUCACCCAAGUAUGGAACAGCACCAUGGAAGGGCUCCAUUGCUGUGGUUUCAACAACUACACAGACUUUGAAGGCUCCCCCUUCUACCAGACGUACAAUAGCUUUCCCUCAUACUGCUGUGCCAAUGAAACCACCUCCUGUUCUAAAGAAGAGGCCUCCCAGUCUGAGGUCAAGGGCUGUUUUCGGCAGCUCUUGUACGAAAUUCACACCAAUGCCGCAGUUGUGGGUGGCGUGGCUGCUGGCUUUGCGGCGCUAGAGCUGGCUGCCAUGGCAGUGUCCAUGUACCUGUACUGCAAACAGGACAAAGUCUGAUGCUGAAUACUGCUGGGGCAUGGGGG